CCUAGGAAGUUUUCAACGGCGGGAAUUCAAUCCCCACUUAGCCUUCAAUCUGCCCUCCCUCUUGGGCCACGACCUAAAAUGAUCUUAUAAGAUAGAUGGACGGCAUAGAUUAAAAAAAAUAUACAUCACGGUGAACCCCACGGAUCCCCUAACAGGACCGUCCGUCUCCAACUAGGUCCUGGUGGGGGCUAGUACCCAAUCCACACCGCCGACAUUGCUGCCGAACCGGAGGGGAGCAGAGAAGUUGUCCGUUGAGAGUCCGGCUGGUGGGAGGGGAGGAGCGGAGCUGCUGCGCCAGUUGCAGAGAGAGAGAGGGAGCGGAGUUGCUGCCCCAAUUGCAGAGAGAUAGAGAGAGAGAGAGAGAGAGAGAGAGAGAGAGAGGCUGCUGCUGCUGUAGGGAUGGUGGGAUUAUCUAUUGCAGAGAAGCAUUUUAUACAAGGUGGGAUUGCACAAGACCUUCGAACUGAUGGUCGUAAAAGACUGCAUUAUCGACCGAUCUCAGUUGAAACUGGAGUCAUUGCUCAGGCAAAUGGUUCCGCACGAGUUAGAAUGGGUGCAACGGAUGUUAUUGUCAGUGUGAAGGCUGAACUUGGCAAACCAAGUAUGCUUCAACCUGACAAAGGAAAAGUAGCUAUAUUUGUUGACUGCAGUCCCACAGCUGCCCCGAUGUUUGAGGGGAGAGGAGGUGAAGAGUUGUCAGCAGAGCUCUCAGUUUCACUUCAGAGAUGUUUAUUGGGUGGUAAGAGCGGAACAGGAGCAGGAAUCGAUCUCUCCUCUCUGAUGGUUGUGGAAGGGAAGUUGUGUUGGGACCUAUAUAUUGACGGCCUUGUUGUCAGUUCAGAUGGAAAUCUCCUUGAUGCAUUAGGUGCUGCUAUCAAGGCUGCUUUGAGCAAUACAGGCAUCCCGAAAGUUGAAGUUGCCCAAGCCAGCGCUUCCAUGGAUGAGCAACCAGAGGUCGAUAUCAGCGACGAGGAGUUUUUGCAGUUCGACACUUCUGGAGUUCCUGUCAUCAUAACUUUAACAAAGGUUGGUAGGCACUACAUUGUGGACGCAACAUCAGAAGAGGAAUCCCAAAUGAACUCUGCUGUUUCAGUUUCCGUCAACAGGCACGGGCACAUCUGUGGGCUGACCAAACGCGGGGGUGCAGGCUUAGACCCGAGCGUUGUUCUCGACAUGGUAUCUGUGGCAAAACAUGUGAGUCAACAGCUGAUAACGGUGCUUGAUUCAGAGAUUUCCGCUGCCGAAGCGUCUGAAGCUGACUCAUAACAUGAUUAGCCUUCGAUAUAGCAAUGGAAGUCCUUGUAAUUUUCUGACCAACAAGGCAUGAUCAUGAUCAUCAUAGCCUUAUAUCUUAACUAUUCAGGAACCAAACAGCCACAAUCUUUGGGCAAAAAAAUGUUAAUUGAUACCUUAUCAAACAAGGUAGAAAUGGUUUUUGCCACUUA